ACCGGAAGUGGCCACGCGGGGGCGUGGAACCACCCUGCUACACGCCGGGCCGCGAACAUGGCUGACGUUGCGUGAUUGCUUUCUCUGCCGUAUCGUCGUCGUCGCCGAGCAGCGUCGUAGGGUGACGACCGCCAGCGUAUGGUAAACGUGCCGUCGAGCCUCCUCCGCCGGGGACAGCGUGUCGCUGAGGAGCGCCGGCGGAACCACCAUGAGCAACAGCGAGACGGGUCAGCCGCAGCAGCAGGGCGAGCCGGAGAUGAAGGGAUGGCUCGCCAAGUGGACCAACUACCUGAAGGGCUACCAGAAGCGCUGGUUCGUCCUCUCCAACGGGCUGCUCUCGUACUACAGGAACCAGGCGGAGAUGGCGCACACGUGUCGCGGCACCAUCAGCCUGGUGAGCGCAGUGAUACACACCGAGGACUCCUGCAACUUCGUCAUCUCCAACGGGGGCACGCAGACCUUCCACCUGAAGGCGAGCAACGAGAUCGAGCGCCAGAAAUGGGUCACCGCGCUCGAGCUGGCCAAGGCUCGUGCCGUGCGCAUGAUGGAGUCCGAGGAAGACGACGAGCUGGACAUGCCAUCGCAGCUAGAUAAGUGUGAGCUGCUCACUGUGCUGAGGCUUCUGCAUGUCAAGCUUGAGGACCUGUCCAUGUGCAGCGAGCUCAUUGGGAAGCACGGAGCGGCACUGCAGCGCUCGCUGUCCGAAUUGGAACAGCUUGACACAGCAGCCGCGGGCGGAGGGCCCGAGCUGGCCGCACGUGUGCGCGCUGUGAAUGAGCGUGCUACACUCUUUCGCAUCACCUCCACAGCAAUGAUGAAUGCCUGCAGUGAGUAUGUCCAGCUGGCCCAGAGCCAGGGCCGCAAGUGGGUGCGCAUGCUGCAACACGAGCACGAGCAGUGCCUCCGCCUCCAGGAGAUGGUCGAGCAGCUUGCCAAGCAGCAUUCGUCGCUCGAGCGUGCAGCGCAGGAGGCCAGUGCACCUUCCUCGGGCGGUGGUGGGGCAGCCACUCACUCUGACGACGAGGAGUUUUUCGACGCACCUGAGCACUCGCCCACGGGUGCAACAGGCCUCGAGCACCGCUUUGUAGUUUCGAUGCCAUCGAGUGAGUCGGCAUCACGAAUGAAGCAUCGGCGCUCGGCCAGUGGACUGAGCGGCCUUUCUGAUUCUCGAAACUCUGACUCCGACUCUGAGCUGGAGCCCUUGUCGUCUCCGCCGCCCCUGCCGGCUGUGUCAUCGUCUGGUGGUGGUAGCGACCCGCCGCCGGUUGUCGAUCCGCCGUAUUCUGAAGGCAAUGGCAUGGCCAUACUGCCCUCUGCAGAGGGUGGUGGCAGUGUCCGGAAACGACGCACUCGCAUUCCAGAAAAACCGUCGUGCAGCCUUUCACUCUGGUCCAUCAUGAAGAACUGCAUCGGCAAGGAACUCACCAAGAUCCCGAUGCCGGUGAACUUCAACGAGCCACUAUCCACACUACAACGGCUCACAGAGGACUACGAGUAUUCGGAGCUGUUGGACCAAGCCGCACAAUGUGACGACCCUGCCUUGCAGCUGGUGUACAUAGCAGCCUUUGCAGUGUCGUCAUAUGCGACCACGUCCAAUCGAACGGGCAAGCCCUUCAAUCCACUCCUCGGGGAGACCUACGAAUGUGAUCGCCGUGAUGAUCUUGGCUGGCGGGCCAUCUCUGAACAGGUGAGCCACCACCCACCGAUGCUGGCUCAGCAUUGUGAGGGUCGUGGCUGGCGGUGCUGGCAAGAAUUCUCCAUGUCGAGCAAGUUCCGCGGCAAGUACCUGCAGGUGGUGCCGCUGGGAGUGGUGCACUUGGAGCUGGUGCGGGGCGGCCAUUUCACGUGGCACAAGGUGACCACUGUGGUGCACAACAUCAUAGUGGGCAAGCUCUGGGUGGACCACCAGGGGGACAUGGAGAUUCGCAACCACCAGAAGGGUCAUGUGGCCCGACUCAAGUUCCAGCCGUACUCGUACUUCUCCCGUGAGCCCCCCCGGCGUGUGACGGGCUUUGUGUCGGACCCAGAUGGCAACCCGGUCUGGGUGCUGCAGGGCACCUGGGACAGCCAGAUGGAGUACGCACGCGUCGUGUCCACGACUGGUAGCCAGGGAAGCCGGCCCGUGAUUGAGUCUGCCAGUCCACGGCCUGUGUGGAAACGCCGCCUGCCUGGGGAGGAGUAUGAGCGUAUGUACAACUUCACGGUGCUAGCUUGCCAGUUGAAUGAGCCAGAAGAUGGUGUAGCCCCCACUGACAGCCGACGGCGACCUGACCAGCGCCUCAUGGAGGAAGGCAAUUGGGACGAGGCCAAUCAGGUGAAGCUACAGCUAGAGGAGAAGCAGCGGGCCACACGUCGACAACGCGAGGCCGAGGCCGAGGCUGCCGCCGCCCAAGGUCGGCCGUAUGUCGGCCACGAGCCGGCCUGGUUUCGCAAAGAGACUGACCCCGUGACGGGCAACCCGAUUCACGUCUACCAGAACGAGUACUGGGGCUGCAAGGAGCAGUCCAAGUGGGAUCGCUGUCCCUCCAUCUAUUUAUAAUGAGCGGCCUUGCAAGCGGGCAUGCCUCGAGCCAAUGCUGGCGGGUUCGACAAGAGAGCAAGUUUUGGCUGACUCUACUGCCACUCAGCUGCGAGCAAGGCAUCUCGACAAACUCCCACCCCAGUCAGACCACUGCAACUUGUUCACUUUACGAGCAACGUUUGUGAUUGUUCACGUGAAAGAACUCCGUGAAAGCCAAUUCCACGUGAGCAGGUGUAUUACGAGUCCAGUUUUCGCUUGGUCGCCGAUGUUCACGUAGUAAGAUAAUCUUCUAUAUAGCGAUGCGAUAUAAAUAUCUGCUCCGGUGUGGGAGUGAAGUGUCAGACCGGAAAUGCUGACCUUCGACCGACCGACCGAAAUGUGCGGUUCACCUGCCUGCGUGGGGAGCUGUGGUGGCUCUGUGAUGUGAACUACUGUUUCGACGCGGGCAAGGGGCCCCUUCUUGUUGACGUGCUACCGCUUCCAUGCCUUUUUUUUUAAUGUCGUUGUUAAAGAAUUGUACUAUAUAUGCAUCAUAUGAACUGCUACAUGCGCUUGGAGAAUGUUCUGUUUUUUAGGGAAUUAAAAUUCUUGGUUUUAUAG